AUGUGCAACACACGCGGGCACGCGCUUGGGGGCCCCGACGACGGCUGGGGGUGGCUGUUCCGCCGGGCGACAUUCGCGGACCCCGGCCUUGAGACCGUCUUCUGGGACUGGCACACCCGGCUGGUGCUGGUGGACACCGACCGGAGGUACUACGCGGGGGCGGCAAUCGUUCUGGCGGUGGCCGGUGGCGUGGUGAUCAGAGACGGGGUCUCGUUAAGUGCCCUGGCGGUUUGCGCUGCGGGCCUGGCGAUGACGGUGGGCCUGGCGAUGGCAGUCGGGGCGCAUCCGGGGCGGUACAUCCGCCACAGGGAGGCGGCGGUCGGCUGCUGCCGGUUGGCGCUGACGGUCAUCGCCGCGUGGAUCGGCUCGGCGCACUUGCCCGCGAGGACGGAUACUUUCUUCGGCGUGCUGGCGACCAAGAUGGCGGCCAGGGGGCCGCUGGCGGCGAUGGUAUCGGGGUGGGCCGGCCUGCAGCUGCGGCCCCACGCGGAGCUGGCGGUGCAGACGGCGUCCCUGGUGGUGGCGGUGCCCUUCUCGGCGGGGAUGUGCGCUGCCUGCCUCGGUUCCCCGGCGCAGGUCGCUGUGAUUCAGCGCGCGGCGGCGGCGAUCGACACCGUGGGCGUGGGGCUGAUCAACGCGCUGGACCACGCGCACCCGGGCGUGAUUGAGCGGCUCACAGCCCCCGCCGGGGAUCCCUGCGCCCUGGUGUCGAUCUUCGCACUCAUCUGGCUGGGCUGGGCGGGCCCGCUGGCGGCGUCGCGGGCGAUGGCCAGGCGAUCCAGGCGGCUGUUCCUGAGGAAGCAUUUCCCCGGCGGAUGGCCGGUGGGCGUGGCCGCCAAGCCCCUGGCCUGGGGGGCCUUGGCUACCGCCAUCAUGGCCUUCAACGGGCUCCUGGCCGUGGAAUUGAGCUGGCGGACGCUCAAGUGGAUCGUGCACGCCGAGCCGGCGAGCUGA